AUGACAUGCACAGAAGGAGAGCCAGGUUGUUCUGGUUGCUGCAAUUUGGUUAAUGAGCAAGAAGAUACCAGAAAGAAAGUAAAAGGAAGAAAAUUUAUCAUUACACCAGUGCUUCGGAAAGAAAUAAUGUGUGUUGAAUUGCCGCUCAUUGAAUAUUAUGCAGUAUAUGUGGAAGAUAAGUGCAAAAUUGGAUUGCUAUUACAAAUUUUGCCAAAUAUGCCAUCAGAAGCGAAUCAUUUAAAACGUAUCAAAAAUGGAUUAGUUCUUAUCCAACCAGCAAAUGAUCCAUUAUCACAGGAAUUUAUCAAGAAACUUCAGACCACGCUUUCAGAUAUUCCCAUUAUAAAAGUAAAAGUUCCUUUACAUAAGCCAGUGACAAGGACACAAUUUUUAUGGGCCAAACAACAUUGGCCUACAGCUUUUCAUCCAAAUAAGCAAUAUGAGGCACUAUUAAGUGGGAACUUUUUCACAACCGAUGAAUAUCAAAAAAUUAUUGAUUUCUAUUUGGAAUCGGAAAAGAUUAGUAACGGUGGUUCAGGCUGUGUUAUUGUAGAUUUGAAAGGUGAAGUUGUUGCAAAAAGUGGUAACCGGAAUAUACCUCUUGGACACGCAGUUAUGGCUGCAGUUUCAGAUCUUUGCGAAAGGCAUCGCACUAAGCAAAGUGACAUACUGCAAUAUCUCGGUACAGGAUUUGAUGUUUAUUUGACAGAUGAACCGUGUGCAAUGUGUGCUAUGGCUUUGGUACAUUUUCGUGUUGGACGAGUAUUUUAUGGAAAACGAGCCCCUUUAGAUGGAGUGUAUGAAUCGUGCUGGAGAAUUCAGGAAGAGAAAUCGUUAAAUCAUCAUUACACGGUCUUUCGGAUAGAUGAAUUUAUCUGA